CCAAACGGCCAAGCCCCGUUCCCGCUGCGCGCAGGCGGCCGCUGCCCAUGCGCGCCGCAGGCGUGGCGGCCGCGCGCCUCUGCGCACAGGCGCUCGCUCCCGCGGGCGCGCUGUGCGCCGGUGGCAGAUCAAAGGGUGCUGCCGCGGUGCCAGACGGAGAAGGCGCAUCACUACUACGGGUCCUAUGAUGGCGACCGCUUCGGCGGCGGGAUCGGGACACGAGUGGGCAUCGACGAAACCAGGGCCGAGCCCCUGGGGCAGACUGGCGUUGUCCGGGUGGCGCUCUUCCAGGAGACGCACGAACGCCUUCGGGCUUGGGCGACGAAGGAGAACUGGAGGAGGGCCACGGAGAUCCACAAGGGGGCGUACUUCACCCGCACCGAGAACCUCGUGCAGGAGGAAGUGCUGGAGCACAUUCGCCAGCACUUCGUGGACGGCUGCAGAGACUACGUGGCGCGUGCCCCCGUCGAGGCGGCGCUCUACCGCCUGGGCGACGAGGACGUCUUCCGGCAGCGGUGCCGCAGCGCGCUUGUGACCCGGCUGCCAGCCGUGGUGUCGGGAGUCUUCGACGAGAAGCGGGAAGCCUGCAUAGUCGACUUCGCCAACAAGCGCCUCGGCGGCGGUUGGAUGAGCUACGGGAUGGUGCAGGAGGAGAAGAUGUUCAUAGAGCGCUUCGACUACGGGGCUCUGUGCGCGCGCAGCCUGCUGGACAUGCCCACCCGAUAG